AUGACGGGCGAGACUCGCGGAGACGCCACGGCGGCGACGACAACGACGACGCCCAGGAGUCGAAAGGUAUGUCUCUCAUGCUUCCUGAUGAUAUGAUGAUAGAGCUGAUGAUCGAUAAUACUGUAGCUACAACGCGCCACUUUCAUCCUGCCCAAGACGGGUGAACGCUCGCGGCGUCAAUUUACCCUGCGCGAUGCCUCGAGCCGGCUGAAUAGCCGGACGCCAAGCGAGGAGGGCAAUCAACACGUCUAUGGGAGCGGCAACUUUGGCUGGUCAGCACGAGAGAGACCGACCCUCCAAGUCAUACGGGAUGCUUGCCGCACUCGCUUCGACCAGGCUUGCGCUUUCGCGUGCUCACCGACUGGACAGGGCAUCUUCAAAUGCUCCAUCGCAUAUCUCCUUGGCAGUAUGGCUACUUUGGUACCCGCCAUAUCCGCCAUAUUCGGGAAUCGUCAAGACAGCAAACACAUGGUCGCCACUGUCGCCGUCUACUUCCACCCGGCAAGGACUGUCGGUAGCAUGCACGAGGCCACCAUCAUCGCCGCCGUAGCAUUCUUGUACGCUGCCUUCAUCUCGGGUGGUAGCAUGGCAAUGUCCAUCUUCUUUGCCCAUCACAACUUACUUGCACUCGGCCACGCUCUGGUUCUCAUCGUCUUCGUCGCCGGCGGAUUCGGCUUCAUGGCCUUUAUCAAGCAAUACCUUGGCAAUCCUCUGCUCAAUGUCGGUUGCUCGCUGGCUUCUCUAGCAACCAUCAAUAUCCUGAUUCGAGAAGGAUCCGUCCAGGCCGGAGUCUUCAGCAUGUACAAGGUCACCCAGAACCUGGGCAUGACCAUUCUGGGCGUCGCCAUAGCAGCGGUCAUCAACUUCGUGUUGUUUCCCGUUCUAGCCCGCACGAAGCUUUCUCGCGAAAUGGAGAAGAACACAGACCUGCUUGGAGAGAUGCUAAUCAGCAUUGCGCGAGCUUUCUUGCAUGGACGAGAGCAUGAUCUGGACGAUGAAUACUACAAGACACUUUCCAAGGAGCAUCAGACUUCGCUCAACACUAUGCGAAAGAAUCUCAAGGACGCGAAGAAGGAGCGCUACGUUCUCGGACACGAGCGAAUCUAUGCCGUGGAGACCAGGAUCGUCGAGUGCCUCAAUGGUCUCUCUCAGAACUUGGGAGGCUUGCGGAGCGCAGCAUUUGCUCAGUUCACUUUCUUGGAACAGCCGAAUGCGACGGGCCGCGGAAUUUCCACGUUCGAGGAUCGAAGCACCUGGCUUUCAUCACCUAGCACGCCCAUGAGUCCCGAGGCCACGCACUAUUUCAGCAACUUGGACAGCAUUCGAGAGUCGCCUGAAGAGCGAGCGAACUUUGCAACCCCAGGCGGCACCGCGACGCCUGGCUCAGUGCACUCCGUUGAUGGAACUCAUGCAAAUCUUCCUCGCAACGGCAGCAUCGCAAGUAUGACAGCUUCGAACAUCGCCAAAAGUCCAGGCGACAUGUUCAUCGCAUUCAUCAGCCAACUCGGUCCCCCGACCAAGUCUCUGGUAUUCACGUUAAAGCAGGUGCUGGACGAGUUGCCUUUCCGAAGCGCAGGAGGCAACUGGAAUCCUUGGGCUGCUAGGGAAUUGGAAGUCGGGGUCAAUGAACAGUUCCAUGUCAGCCUUCGUGAAGCUGUCGAUCUUUAUCGAGAAUCACGCAAAGCCGCACUGAGCACCCUGUACCAGAACCGUGCGAUCAACACCGCUAUGAUGGCGCAACGCGGUCACAAGAGUACCUUCUCUACCAAGACCCCUAAUACACCAACAACAGCCUUUCCUACCGAGGCCAGACAUCCACCUCCUAUCACCAAGCACGCAAAGACAUUGUUCGAUCGGAAUCCCGAGGAGGUUUUGGCCGACAUUGAAGAAGUCUCGGCAUGCUGUGGCCACUUCAGCUUUUCGUUGUUGGAUUUCGCUCAAGACGUCUUGAACUAUCUGGACAUCCUAGAAGAUUUGAAAGAAGAGAUGGAAGCUCCGAAAAGGUCAUGGACGUGGAUGUUGUUUUGGAAACGCAACGAAUGCCAGAAGCAAGGCUACGGCAACAAUGCGCUUCCUGAAAGCAACGAAGACCCCGCCGAUGCUCGCUUCAACAUACCAUCGCCGGUCAGGAAGGCUGACAAUUUCGGCGAUCCAGAACGAGCAGCCCUGGGAAGACCGUGGUAUUACGGGAUCUAUAAGGCCUUCAGAUUCAUGCGGCGAGAUGAUGUUCGCUUUGCAAUCAAGGUUGGGCUUGGAGCUGCUCUGUAUGCUCUUCCAGCCUUCUUGGAGGAGACUCGCCCUGUAUUCCUCUACUGGCGCGGGGAGUGGGGAUUGGUAUCUUAUAUGGUGGUGUGCUCGAUGACCGUCGGCGCGGUCAACACGACGGGGUUCAAUCGAAUCUAUGGCAGUGCCAUUGGAGCUUUCGUGGCAGCCGUGGCAUGGAUCAUAUCCAACCAUGAAGGCGUUGCCAAUCCAUGGAUUCUGGCUUUCCUCGGCUGGCUGAUGUCUCUUGUGGGCUUCUACAUUAUCGUGGCAAAGGACAACGGGCCCAUGGGACGCUUCAUCUUUCUGUCUUAUAACCUCGUCGCUCUCUACUCCUACAGUCUAUCGGUCCACGACGAUGACAACGAUGAUGAUGAAGGCGGCAUCGACCCAGCAAUCUGGCAGAUCGCCUUCCAUCGUCUUGUGUCAGUGUCUGUGGGAACCAUCUGGGCCAUCAUCGUCGUGCGGUGCAUUGCUCCCAUCUCUGCACGACGCAAAUUGAGAGAGGGCCUCUGUACCCUCUGGCUUCGUAUGGGUCUCAUCUGGAAACGAGACCCACUUGCGAUUUCGCUCCUCGGCGAGCCAAGGUCGGCCUAUAUGGACAUUCGGGAAGAAUCCGAGCUUCAGUCAUUCCUAGCAAGCUUGAGAAGCAUGCGCAGGUCUGCAAAUGCAGAGUUCGACUUCCAAGGCCCAUUUCCGGACAAGAUCAUCGGGCGCAUCAUGGAUCGCUGCGGUCGUAUGCUUGAUGCCUUCCACGCGAUGAACGUGGUCAUCUCCAAAAACCCAGCAUGCACUCCGGGAGAAGCCGCGGUGUUGGGGUACACGCGACCGGAACGGUUCGCGUUGUCUGCAAGAAUCAGCCACUUGUUCACCGUGCUAGCAAGUAGUAUCAAGCUGGAGUAUCCUCUCAACGACGUGCUACCGAGCAUCGACAACCGACGAGACCGACUGUUGGCGAAAAUCGCCGAAUUCAGAUUGACCGGCGAAGGCAAAGAAUCCACAACCGAACAAGACUACGAAAUGCUCUACGCAUACGUUCUCGUGACGGGGCAACUAGCGCAGGAUAUCGAAGCCGUUGGACAAGAGAUUGAGACGCUGUUUGGCACUCUGAAUGAGGAAAACCUGAAGUUGCAUUGA